AUGGAUGGGCUUUUCAAAAGAAACAUUGUUAGGGGCGACAUUUCUUGUGUGCUAUGCGCAGAAGGGGAUGAAACUGCGGAGCACUUAUUCACCUCGUACAGGGUCGCGUCGACGUUGUGGCCUAUUAUUAGCUUGUGGUGCAAGAUUUCGGUUAUAUUGGCUUUUUCGGUCAAGGAUUUACUCGAAACUCAUGAAAGCAUCGGGUUAAAAGGGAAGAAGAAAGAGGUGAUUCAAGGCAUUAUUAGAAUCGGGUGUUGGAGCAUAUGGAAAGCUAGGAACGAGGCUAAAUUUAACAACAAAGAAACGAAGAUAGAGGGGAUUAUUCGGGAAAUCAUGACGGUUGGUUUUAUAUGGCUUAGUUCUAGAUCGAAAGAUAUUGAUGUUAGAUGGGAAGAGUGGUGUAAAUCUGUUUAUAUGUAA